GGAACGUUCACCAAGCGUCAGGCGCCAUUGUUUGUGUUUACUUUUGCCGGUAAAGCAAAUCCAAUCUAAUCGGGCAUUGUUACAACAAAUUUUGCAUAGAAGCGUGUUUUAAAACACGACUUAACUUUCAAAAUGUCUAUCGGUGUACCGAUUAAGGUGCUUCAUGAAGCAGAAGGCCAUAUUGUUACCUGUGAGACGACCACUGGUGAAGUAUACAGAGGGAAAUUGGUGGAAGCUGAAGACAACAUGAACACUCAAAUGUGCAAUAUCACCGUUACAUACAGAGAUGGCAGAGUAGCCCAGUUAGAAAAUGUGUUUCUUCGCGGAAGUAAAAUAAGGUUUUUCAUACUUCCAGACAUGUUAAAAAAUGCUCCCAUGUUCAAAAGAAUCCAGGGACGAAGUGGGGGUGGCGGUGGAGCAGGCCGAGGAAAAUCGGCAAUCCUCCGAGCGCAAGCUGCAAGAGGACGUGGCCGAGGAGGUGGUGGUGGUGGUGGCGGCGGACGAGGAGGUGGUGGCAAUGUGUUCCAGAAGAGGCGUUGAUCUUUGAGAUAUCAUUCCAUCACAGUGUGAAGAGGAAUAUCAUUGGCUGUGUUCCAGUUGCAUUUCAUUCACGGACAUUAUGGAACAAAGACGAUCUUUUUCGUGUUUGUGCAUUUCAGAGACAUGGACUCUUGCUCUUACUCGUCUUCAUUACCAUUGGUAUCAUUCAUCAUGAACUUGUAAUUUUUGUAUAAUAUGACAUGGAAAUUAAUAAAUAGUAGAAAUGACAA